UCCAACCUUAUUCCUGACCUGCUUGGCCAACUCCAGUGUGGCCCACCGGUCCCGAGUCGUCCCGGUAACGCAACACCGCCGAAAUCGAAACCCGGCACACGGAUUCGCGCAUCGAGACGAAUCCCUCCACCGUCGUUCUUCUUCCUUCCUUCACCCCUUCUUCCCAAAUUCCCCAGAAAUUCUCCGCUCCGAAAUCCGCCGCCCUCGAAUCGACUCCCCGAGCGAUGCACGCCACCCUCCUCGGCGGCGCCGCCUUCCCUUUGUCGGAACCGUAACCCCAACCCAGACUCUAAACCCCUAAACCCCCUGUUAUCUCUCGCCGCCGCCAAUAUGAUGUCCGACGAGCCCUUCGCCCGCCACCGCGCCUUCAUCUCCUCCUCUGCCAGCGCCCCUACCUUCCCCACCUUCAACUCCCCCGCCGCCACAGCUGCCGUCAACAGCGGGAGCCCCAGCCCCAGCCCCACCCCCCUCCGCCCCUCCCCCUCCCCAUCCCCCGCCUCCUCCUCCUCAUCCGCCGGCUCCAAGAGUCGCCUCCACUCCCGUCCCUUCUUCGCCCACAACGCCCGCGUUGCCCUCGCCCUGGCCCCCGCCGCCGCCUUUCUCCUCGACCUCGGUGGCGCCCCCGUCCUCUGCGUCCUCGCCGCCGGCCUUCUCCUCGCCUACCUCCUGGACUCCCUCCGUCUCAAGUCCGCCGCCUUCUUCGCCGUCUGGUUCUCCCUCGUCGCUGCCCAGCUCGCCUUCUUCUUCUCGGCCUCCCUCCACUCCGCCAUCUCCUCCCUCCCCCUCACCGCCCUCGCGCUCUUCCUCUGCGCCGAGACCACCUUCCUUAUCGGCGUCUGGGCCUCCCUCCAGUUCCGCUGGAUCCAGAUCGAGAACCCCUCCAUCGUCGUCGCCCUCGAGCGCCUCCUCUUCGCGUGCAUCCCCGUCGCCGUGCCCGCUCUCUUCACGUGGGCCGUCGUCUCCGCCCUCGGCAUGGCCGACGCCGCAUACUACUUCAUGGCCUUCUCCUGCGUCUUCUACUGGCUCUUCUCCCUCCCCCGCCCCUCCUCCUUCCGCUCCGGCAAGCAAGACUCCGACGCCGCCGGGGAUUCCCAGGUCCUCGGCCCCCUAGAAAGCUGCCUCCACACCCUCUACCUCCUCUUCGUCCCCGUCCUUUUCCGCAUUGGCUCCCACCACUCCACCAUCUUCUCCUCUUUUUCAUCCGUCUGUGAUCUCUUGCUCCUCUUCUUCAUCCCCUUCUUGUUCCAGCUAUACGCGUCCACGAGGGGGGCGCUGUGGUGGGUCACGAGGGACGCGCACCAGAUGCACCGGAUGCGGAUUGUCAAUGGGGCGGUGGCGAUGGUGGUGGUGGUGAUCUGCCUCGAGGUCAGGGUCGUCUUCAAUUCCUUCGGGAGGUACUUGCAUGCCCCACCACCACUGAACUAUCUUCUUGUGACGAUGGCGAUGCUCGGAGGAGCUUCUGCUGUGGGCGCUUAUGCUGUUGGUAUGGUCGGGGAUGCUUUCAGUUCAGCGGCCUUCACAGCUGUGUCCAUUCUGGUUAGCGGAGCUGGUGCUAUAGUUAUCGGGUUCCCGAUAUUGGUAUGCUUUGGAUUUGCUUGAUAUCUUUUAUCUUUA